AUGGCAAGGGAGGAUAAAAGAGUCCUUGUGGGCUUGAAGCUUGGUUUCCACUCUUCCAUCUCCAACGCGGAGCGAAGAAUUCUGUGGAGAGAUUUGUCCACUAUAGCGAGUAGUAUCUCGGGCCCGUGGGCCAUUGGUAGCGAUUUCAAUGUAGUACUUUCUAUCACUGAAAGGAGAGGAAGUAGAAACUACGAUCAAGACAGUACUUCGGAGUUCGCUGAAGCUAUGAACAAUGCAGCCCUUCUGGAUGCAGGCUACUCGGGCAACAACUAUACUUGGUGUAAUAAUCAGGCUGGCAAUGCUUGUCAACUUAAGGCCGCGAAAGAUAACCUUUCUACCCUGGAAUGCCAGGCUCAAGAUGGGUCAGUCCAGAUCACUCCCUCCUCUCUCUUCAACGCAAGGCGUCACUUGGCAAGCAUGGAACUAAUAGAGGAUAUUUACUGGAAACAAAAAGCUCGGAAUAACUGGUUGUUAGAAGGUGACCGUAACACCCGUUUCUUCCAUCUUCAAGCCAUGGAGAGAUCCAAGAGAGCAGGAAUUGAUCAUCAAGCUCAUUCGGACCAUUUGCUUGACGGCAUUCCUCAACUUCUAACAGCAACUGACAAUGCCUUCUUAAUGCACAUUCUUUCCAUGAUCGAAGUUAAAGACGCAGUUAUGUCUAUCCCAAAAGAUGGGGUGCCUGGCCCAAAUGGGUUUUUGGGAGCGUUCUUUGCGGGGAGUUGGGAUAUUGUCGGUUUUGACAUUCUCAAAGCUAUCACCCGCCUUUUUCAAGGAGGUACUCUACCGAGGGUUUUUACCACUACGCUAAUCUGCCUGAUUCCAAAAGUAACUCCCCCGAAAAAGUUCUCAAAUUUUUGGCCAAUUAGUCUUUAUAACUUUGUUUACAAAAUCUUCACCAAGGUCAUUGCCAGCAGGCUUGCUCUAUUGCUACUAAAAUUGAUCUCGCAGGAACAAGGGGCUUUUGUGCGAGGAAGAUCUAUUGCUGAAAGUAUCGCGUUGGGCCAGGAGAUCUUUCGAGAUAUCGGCCAUAAAGUUCAUGGGGGGAAUAUUAUUCUUAAGCUAGAUAUGGAGAAAUCUUAUGAUAGGAUUGAAUGGGGGUUUCUCAAUAAUGUGUUGAAUCGUUUCAGUUUUAAUACUGCUUGGAUAAGGAUGGUUGAGAAAUGUUGGAACAAUGUUUGGUUCACGGUUUUAAUCAAUGGGGAAGGUGUUGGUUUUUCAAAUCGUCAAGAGGGCUGUGAAAGGGGGACCCAAUAUCCCCUAGCCUCUUUAUUUUAG